GAGGUGAAGAAAGAGAUGCGUAUAAAGAGCAGAGAAACUGCUGAGAUUUUAGGGGUUUGGAAGAUUUUUUUAUCUCUUCUGUUGAACCAUCAGACUCCAGGGAGAAAGCGUUGCUCUGUCCGAGUCUCCAGAAUGAUGAAAGUCAGUGUUGUCCUCCUGCUGCUCCUCGUGACACGCUCAGUUUCCACUUAUGAGAAUGUGGCCUUGCGCGGGAAAGCGACCCAGUCAGACCGUUACGAGCACAUAUUUGGAUCUGCCGAAAGCGCCAUCGAUGGAAACCGUGACUCGACAUUUGCGGCGGGGUCGUGCACCCACACCGACGAACACACCAACCCCUGGUGGAGGGUGGACCUGCUGGAGUCCUACAUCGUCACCUCCGUCAUCAUCACCAACAGAGGAGACUGCUGUGAACACAGAAUCAACGGCCUGGAGAUCCACAUAGGAAACUCUCUACAAAAUGACGGUUUAUUAAACCCAAUUGUCGGUUCAAUCCCCGUCAUGGGUGCAGGCGUGUCGUCCACCGUGGAGUUCACUGAUCGUGUGGAGGGACGUUACGUGAUUGUGGCUCUACCAGGUUCAAAGAGGACGCUCACACUCUGCGAAGUGGAAGUCUACGGGUACCGGGCCCCGACUGGAGAGAACCUGGCAGUCGGAGGAAAAGCCACACAGUCGUCUGUGUAUUCGUCUGGCUUUGCUUAUAAUGCCAUAGAUGGGAAUCGUGACAGCGACUGGGAGCAGGGUUCCUGCACUCACACGAAGAAUAACAUCAGCCCCUGGUGGCGACUGGACCUGGGCAAAACCCACAAAGUGUUCUCCGUCAACAUAACAAACAGGGAUGAAAACCCAGAACGACUCCAUGGGGCCGAGAUCCGCAUCGGAGACUCUCUUGAAAACAACGGCAACAACAACACCAGGUGUGCUGUGAUCACGAGCAUCCCGCCAGGUCACGUUGCUGAGUUCCAUUGUAACGGCAUCGACGGUCGCUACGUCAACGUGGUCAUCCCCGACAGAGAGGAGUUCCUCAGUCUGUGUGAGGUGGAGGUGAUUGGAUCCAGGCUGGAUUAUCGAGACACGGAUACAGUUUUGGGAGCUGAAGAAGAGCUGAAUAACUGGACCUCAGGGAUUAAAACAUUUGUUGUCACCAGGAAUCAGGAAACUAUGAAACACACCGUAGUACUCCUUUUGCUGCUGUUCUUGUGGACGUACUCGGCUUACUCUUAUCAAAAUGUCGCUUUGCGUGGCAAAGCGACUCAGUCGCACCGCUUCGAGGGAGAGAGGGAUGUUUUCGCGGCUGCCUACAACGCCAUUGAUGGAAACCGUGACUCCAGUUUCACAGCUGGUUCAUGCUCCCAGACUAUAACACAAACCAAUCCCUGGUGGAGGGUGGACCUGCUGGAGUCCUACGUCGUCACCGCCGUCGUCAUCACCAACAGAGGAGACUGCUGUGCAGAUUGGAUCAACGGGGCAGAGAUUCACGUCGGCAACUCGUUACAGGACAACGGUGCUGCAAACCCAGUGGUUGGUGUAAUCUCUGAAAUCCCUCUAGGGAGCUCAUACGCUCUGAAUAUCACCAGUCAAGUGGAAGGACGUUAUGUGACUGUGGGUCUACCUGGUUCAGACAAGACUCUUUCACUCUGUGAAGUGGAGGUUUAUGGGUAUCGUGCCCCAACUGGAGAGAACCUGGCACUCCAAGGGAAAGCCACACAGAAAACAAUGUUUGAAUAUGGCUUGGCAUACAAUGCCAUUGAUGGGAAUCGCGCCGCCAAGUGGGAAGACGCCUCCUGCGCUCAAACAGAUAAGAUCUUAAUGCCGUGGUGGCGACUGGACCUGCGCAAAACCCACAAGGUGUUUUCUGUUAAGAUAGUCAACCGAGAUCUCUUUGCAGAACGACUCAAUGGAGCCGAGAUCCGCAUCGGAGAUUCUCUUGAGAACGACGGCAACAACAAUGCCAGGUGCGCUGUGAUCUCACACAUCCCGCCAGGUGCUGUUGUUGAAUUCCAGUGUCAUGGGAUGGACGGUCGCUACGUGAACGUGGUCAUCCCUGAAAGAAGCGAAUACUUGUCCCUGUGCGAGGUGGAGGUUUACGGCUCUGUCCUGGAUUAGUUUUGGAGGUUUAAUUCAUCUGCAAGAACUUAGCCGACACUUAUAUUUACUCAAACUAAUCGGAACAAUAGAUUACGCUUGAAUUUGAUUGUUCGCAUGAGAAACAAGUAAAAUUCAUUGCAAUGUCUGGUCUUAGACUAAAACGCUGCCGUCUCAUUCAUUUCAAAGAGACCUAUGGUAAAGAAAGCAGGUUGAAUUGCGCCUGUGUGUGUUUUCUAUUUUAAGCUUUUAUUGAUAAUGCUGUUUUGAGCUCUUUGUAAUGCCAAACUUGUGAACUGCACUGCCUCUGCCUGCUGCUGCAUAAUAUGACAUCUUUAAUCAUUAUAAAAGAGCCUUACAUUUCGGUCUGGAGCAUAACAUUCAUAACAACUGAUAUUAAAGCUUUAACAAGACUGCA